UUAAUAGAAGAAAGUUUUUCACUUUUAAUGGCAAAAAGUGUUUAAAUGUGUGCACUUAAGUAAUCCCAUAAAAUCAAGAAAAUCGCACAUACCUAGAACGUCAAUUUUCUAUAAAAUCCAGAAAAUCAAAUUUUAAUUACAUAUUAAGCAAAUGAAAAAAGGAAGGAAAAAAUACAUGUCGCAACGUCAUCAUUAACUACCAAAAUUACUGUGAAUCCCAGCUGGAGCAACAAGAAUAGCAUCGAUUCAACUAGUAGCAGCGGAAUUAGUAGUUCAGCAAUUCUGGAAACUGUGAAAACUUUUGUGAGUACUAGUCCGACAACACUUAAUGCAGCAACGAUCAGUACAGAUAACAUCACUAUACACUCGACCUCAAUGGGAACGGAAAGUUCCUCUGCCGUUGCCGCUGCUAUGGAACACAACACGCCUGCCAACAAAAUGAAUGUGGCCGAUUUGAGUGCUUCAUUGCAGCAUUUUGGUUUCGUUGAUUAUUUUGUAUUUGUGUUAAUGCUUUUGGUUUGUGCCGUAAUUGGGUUUUAUUUUGGAUUUGUUGAGAAAAAGAAGAAGCGGAACAUGGAGGAGCGUGGUGGUACGGAAGCUUUGAACUAUCUGGUGGGUGGCCGAAAGAUGAAAGUAUUUCCGGUGUCAAUGUCUUUGGUAGCCAGUUUUGUUUCUGGUAUUUCAUUGCUUGGCAUUUCCACGGAAAUUUAUAUUUAUGGUACUCAAUACGCUUUUGCACUCAUGACACUGGUUUUGACUGGAGUUAUAAUCUGGUACCUGUUCCUGCCGGUAUUCUGCAAUUUACAAUUAACUUCAACUUACGAGUAUUUAGAAAUGCGGUUCGACAAAAGGGUUCGCCUGCUUGGAUCCGUGUUCUUUUUCAUUGAAAUAACGUUGUGGUUACCUAUUGUUAUAUUAGUUCCAGCGUUGGCAUUUAAUCAAGUAACUGGUGUGAAUAUUCAUAUUGUGACAACUGUAGUGUGCAUCGUCUGUAUAUUUUAUACUUGUGUGGGUGGAGUAAAAGCUGUCAUAUGGACUGAUGUCAUACAAACUGUAAUUAUGGUUGGUGCUAUCAUUUUGGUCAUCAUUAAGGGUACAAGUGAUGUAGGUGGUCUGGGAGUUGUGUUGAAGCGUAAUUAUGAUAGUGGACGAAUAGAAAUACCUACCAUUACUUUGGAUCCUACGGAACGCCUUUCGAUGCUUUCGAUAAUUUUGGGAGCAACUUUCUUGUAUGUGGAAAUCACAGUAAAUCAGGUUUUCAUACAACGGUUUCUAUCACUUCCAGGCGCCAAAGAAGCAAAACAUGCGUUGAUUCUAUACAUAAUAGGAGUUAUUAUAUUGUUAUUAGGUUGCGCAUAUAAUGGUCUCCUGAUUUAUGCAACAUACCAUGACUGCGAUCCAUUAACUACAAAUUUAGCAAAAGCAAAGGAUCAAAUUGUACCUCUACUAGUAAUGGAUAUUUUGAGCGAUUACCCUGGAACAGCUGGACUAUUUGUGGCGGGUGUCUUUAGUGCAGCGCUCAGUUCCUUAUCCACUGGUUUAAAUUCCCUUUCAGCAGUGUUUCUUGAAGACUUCAUAAAAACAUUUCGUAAAAGUCCUCUAACAGAGCAUCAGACUGCAAUUAUAAUGCGAGUAUCUGUAGUAGUAAUGGGCGUUAUUUGUGUUGGGUUAGUGUUUGUCAUCGAAAACUUGGGUACGGUUUUAGAGCUUUCGAUAUCAAUAGGUACUAUGACAAGCGGUCCGUUAUUAGGACUAUUUCUAAUGGGUGUCCUGAUGCCUUGGAUAAAUGGCAAGAGUGUUUUACUUGGCAGCGUUGCAGCGUACGUUGCUAUGAGUUGGAUUUGUAUAAAAGGUAAAAUUGCACUUACAAGUGGUGAAUUGAUAUAUCCCAUGAAGCCUUUCUCUACUGAGGGUUGUACUUAUAAGUUUGAAGAGCUUAUAACACCGGCGAAUCAAACUGUAGUUUUACAAAGCGACAAAACAUUGGCACAAUAUAUUUAUCAGAUGUCUUUUAUGUUAUAUGUAACUGUAGGUGCAAUAUUAUCAAUUAUAUUCUCGCAUAUAGCAUCGCUGGUAUUUGGAUGCAAUGAUCCUAAAAAAAUGAACAUAGAGCUUUUUUCACCUUUAAUAAGAAAAUAUAUCAAACCGAUGGAAUAUGAAAGUGUACAAAUUGAAGAACAGAAUGUGCUAUUAAACACUGAAAAAAAAAUUUAUUAAAAUCAUAGAAU